AUGACUGUGUCAGAACUUGACCAUAAGUACGAUGUUAGGCCCUUUGUAGAGGCGCCAGUUAUUGACACCACAAACGACAAUACUGUUAUUAAACUAGAUGCAAUCGAUUUGAGUAAAUUUGAAGACUAUCCAGAAGGCUCCUUAUCUCGUCAGAAACUUGCAGACCAACUCGAAAAGACAAUAACCACUUCUGGGUUUUUCAAUGUUGUUAAUUACGGCUAUGACCUUGAAAAGCUAGAACACCUCAAGGCGGUUGCUCAGAGUUUACUUAAAUUGCCCGAUGAAGAAAAGAGAAAGUAUCACUCUGGGGCACCAACUGCAGAAGAAGAUUUAGAAAAUAAGAAGAAGGGACUUGGUGCUGAAAGAGGAGAGGGUUACAAACCUAAAGGGUUCUGGAAAAUGAAAGAUAGUGUGAGAGACUCCAUUGAUCACUUCAAUUUCAGAGAUGCCAAAUUGGAAGCAGUAUUCGCCAAAAAGAACAGCGAAGGGAUCUACCCAGAGGUAUUUCUGGCUUAUCAAAAGGAAGUCAAUGCCUAUUACAAGUAUGUUCAUGAAGUGGUUUUACGGAAGGUUUUAACCUUAUGUGACAUAAUUUUAGAAAUCCCAGAAGGAACUUUAUAUGGAAAGUACUUCUCAUUGACAGAUUCUGUGACAACCUCUUCAGGAGGACAUGGAAGAUUUAUGUUGUACCAUCCAUUGACAGAGAAUGAAGCUUCAAAAGUCGAUGGGACAUGGCUCAGAGGACACUCUGAUAUUUCUGCUUUCUCUAUCAUCACGUCACAACCAAUUCUUUCACUUCAAAUACUGGAUUAUGAAUCAGGAGAGUGGAAGUAUGUUGAUUACAGACCAAACUCACUCGUUUGUAAUAUUGGUGAUGCCCUUGAGUUUUUGACAGGUGGGUAUUUCAAGGCCAGUAUGCAUCGAGUACUGUUGCCUCCAGCCAAACAACUUGGUUAUGAAAGAUUGGUUCUUAUAGACUUCAUCAAUCCACUCGAAGACACAGUUAUCCACCCAACUACAUUAGCAUCCAGUAAGUUGAAAAAAGUUGGUUUACAUGAACGUCCAGAAUGGGACAAGAUUACCUACAAGCAAUGGGAUGCAGUGAAAGGUGCAUUACUUGGGGCGGAUGGGGUUGGAGACCGAAGUACUCUUAAAUACUAUGGAAGACAGAUAGAAAGAUGGCAUUAUCUUGAUAAGGAAUGA